UACUUCCGGUUCCGCCAUUCCGACACACGCAAGCUCUCUUGCGCAAGCGCGCGACGCACGUGUAUGCGCCGGGGUUCCGGUAGCGAUGGACGCUCUAGAUCGAGUCCUAAAGCCCAAAACAAAAAGGGCCAAGAGAUUCCUUGAGAAGAGAGAACCCAAACUCAAUGAAAACAUUAAAAAUGCCAUGCUGAUUAAAGGUGGAAAUGCAAAUGCAACUGUAACACAAGUACUCAGGGAUGUGUAUGCACUGAAGAAACCGUAUGGAGUUCUAUAUAAAAAGAAAAAUAUUACAAGGCCAUUUGAGGAUCAGACAUCAUUGGAGUUCUUUUCAAAGAAGUCAGAUUGUUCUUUAUUCAUGUUUGGUUCCCAUAACAAGAAGCGGCCAAAUAAUCUGGUAAUAGGUCGUAUGUAUGACUACCAUGUGCUGGAUAUGAUUGAAUUAGGUAUUGAGAAAUUUGUGUCUCUAAAAGAUAUUAAGAAUAGUAAAUGCCCUGAGGGCACCAAACCCUUGUUAAUAUUUGCUGGUGAUGACUUUGAUGUAACAGAAGACUAUAGAAGACUGAAAAAUCUUCUUAUUGAUUUCUUCAGAGGCCCCACGGUAUCAAACGUCCGAUUGGCUGGAUUGGAGUAUGUUUUGCACUUCACUGCACUGAAUGGGAAGGUUUACUUUCGAAGCUAUAAGUUGCUGUUGAAGAAAUCUGGUUGUAGAACUCCACGAAUUGAAUUGGAAGAGAUGGGACCUUCGUUGGAUCUGGUUCUCAGGAGGACACACCUUGCAUCAGAUGAUCUCUAUAAGUUAUCUAUGAAAAUGCCCAAAGCUCUCAAGCCAAAGAAGAGGAAGAAUAUCUCUCAGGAUACUUUUGGUACAACUUUUGGAAAGAUUCAUAUGCAGAAGCAAGACCUAAGCAAACUACAAACCAGGAAAAUGAAGGGAUUGAAGAAGCGACCUGCAGAGAACAUAAUAGAAGACCAGGAGAAAAAGUCCAAGAGAAUUAAAAACAAUUAGUGGAACCUAACCAACAACUACAGUUAUAUUGUAGUUUGUUACUAAAAUAGAAUUUCCUAUUUCAGUCUG